UGGAUUGAUGAUAUAAUGUUCUGCUCGUUUUUUGUUGGAGCUGGCUUCUAUUGCCCGCCAUCUAUUUGUUGAACGGAAUUUUACAUUUACAAGUGAAAAUCUACUCCAGGAAAUGUCAACUAUUGGUUACUUGGUUUUGUACACUUCCAUUAUUAAUAGAAGUGCUCUUUUCUCUAAUGUAGGUUUUCUUUCUUUGUAACCACUUAUUGUUUUUAUUUUUUAUUUUCUUUUUGGGUGGGGGGAUUGACUGGAGGAGCUUAUUUGUACUUAUGAAAAUCAUAGUAGUCAACAUGACACUAAAAAAGGCACAAUAUUGGAGCGCAGUAAUCCUCAGCUGCAAUGGGAUUCAAAUAGUGGAGUCGCUAGCGAUUAUUAAAACAGUGGUUUUUCAAGGGUUGUGGAAUGGCAGAAGGAAAGUGCCUCCCAUGUUCAGGUGUUUCUGGACGAUCUGCUGCUGUAUAUUCUUACUCUUCACCAGGUCAUCACAUAAUUCAUUCCCAUGUCAAAGUUAGAGGACUAAGGUGUGGCUUUCGGGGAGCAUCUUUUCUGUGUGAAGCAAAGAGAAACCCAGAUUUCUCAAGGCAAAACAAGCAUGGGCACUCCAGAGGCAGGAACAGGAACAACGAUGGGAGAGAUAAUUUUGAGAACUUCGAUGAUGAUAUGUUUUCUUUAAAAAAUGGACCGCCUAUGUCUCUUUCAACCUCAGGAAAAUUCCAGUCCACUUCAGUCCCUGGUCCUAGAGAGAAGGAGAUUGUUGAGCUAUUCAGGAAGGUCCAGGCUCGGCUGCGUGAGAGGGCUGCAUCCAAAGAAGAAAAGAAAGUUGAAGCCUCUCGAGUGCAGAUUAAAGAGAACAGCACUGUAGAUUCCCUCCUCAAAUUGCUGAAGAAACACUCUGUUGAGCAGGUGAAGAGAAGUAGCGGAGGGGGAAGAGGAAAUGAUCUUAGUUCAGAUCAGUUGCAAGAUAGUAAUCAAUAUGACGGAGGACGAAACACCAAAUUUUUUGAUUUAGACAGUACUCCCAAGGAUGAGCCACAAGAGGGUCAUAUUUCCUCAGUAGCUAGGCCUCGAUCAAGUUUCCAGAGAAGGUCUCCCGUUCCUCGUGUAAAAUACCAGCCCGUCUCAAACAAUGAGGAUGAUAUGAAUGUCUUGCCAGUAGGUAGUGAGGAUGGAGAGAACAAUCAUGAUCAGAUAGAUUUGAAGCAUGAUGACGAACCAGAGCCUGACUCUGAAUUAGAUAUUGAUUCAAAGGAUGAGCUGUUCUUCCCGAGCAUUGGGAUAGCUGCAUUGUCAGAGGAUGAUGAUUUUGAGCAAACCAAUAACUAUGAGAGUGUGGAGGAGCAGCCAGCUGUUCAACACGAAGACUUAAGUGCACUGAAGUUGUCUGAAUUGAGGGUGCUUGCAAAGUCUCGAGGCCUGAAAGGGUUCUCAAAAAUGAAGAAGAGUGACCUCUUGGAAUUGCUAACUGAUAGCUAAUUCUCAUGGAAUGAUAUGCGGUGAAGAAAAAGCGACAGAACCAAUACAUGCCAUGAUAAAUUAGAUUUUUUUCGUGCCUUUGACUUGACAUUCUAUCUUAUGUUUCUUUGUGUUUUUUGUUUGUCGCAUUCUAAUUUAAUUCUUCACAAGUACUUCAGGUCUAGAGUUUGUGGAUCAUUAAAGUAAUCACGAUAUAUCUUUGCCUAGGAAGGUUUUUUCAUGAUAUAUCUUUGUCU